ACAGUUUGCGGUAAGAAAAUCAUCUCGGUCUCAUUACGUAGUAGAAAAGCAAUCAUGAAGUGCAUCGCAGCUGUAGUCAUGGUGCUUUUUGUCGCAGUCACCCGAGCCGGACUCAUCUACAGUGCCCCGUGGGCCUACACUUUGCCCCACACGACGGUGGUCCAGAGCAACUCGGUGCCCAAGCUGGUAUCGGCCCCGGCACCUUUCAACGGAUGGACUUUUGCGCCAACCGCCGCCACUGCCUGGCCCUUCCAUGGUGCUCCGUAUUACAGUUACAGUGUCCCGUUUACCUACACUGCUCCGACACUGUUGCUUCAGAAGGAAGCUCGCUAUCUGGCCGCCAAUCGUGGUGCCAUCCACGAGGCUCCCCUUCCUGGACACGCCAUCUCUCAGCAGCAGCUCAACCUGGAACCAGCUGCGGGAACCGUUUGAACUGUGGACUACGAAUUUACGACUGUACGACUGCUGGUGUAAUGUGAAAACAAUUGUGUCUGAUUGAAAGUGUUUUGGAUUUUUUUUUAGUAAAUUCUAGUUCAAAUAAAUAACGUGAACUCACAGUUUAACAAUAA